AUGAAUUUCAAUACCUUCAACAACAACAACCCUGGCGCCUCCUCUUCCACUUCCUCCGCCACUGGCAACAGCAGUGCGCCAACCAAUGCCACCACGAGCCCAGUUGGUCUGGGGAUGGUCCCACCCUCACUCUCAACCAGCAGCAAUAACCUGGCUUCACUAGCCUUUAGCAACAACAAUGCGCUCAACACAAACAACAUCUCAUGGCUGCUGGCAUCACAGUCAUGCGGCACCGGCGAGAGCAAGGAGAAGGAGAAGGCAAGGAAGAAGCUGGCCGUCUUCCUGGACGCCUCCGCCGAGUCGGUCAAGCGCUUCAAGGGUCUGAUGUCAUUCAUCAGCAACACGGACGACCAGGAGAUUGACAAGCUGUUCAAGGACAACAGCUACCAGAUCUACCAGAUACUACUGUCGACGUUCUCCACGUACGAGCUCGGCCAGUUCAAGGCGGGCAAGCACCAUGUCGCUGAGAAGGAGGUGCUCAAGCUGACCGACCUGCUGAAGCGCGUCCUCAUCCAUCUCGAGGGCUUUGUCAAGAAGGGCUGGCAGGUCAAGAGCAUCGUCAACAUCCUCGAGAAGAUGCUGGGCAUCGAGAACAUCCAGUCCAUCCGCAUUGCCGCCUUCUCCACGCUUUUGUUCUUCAUCGAGGUCAUGGAGAAACCCGACCGCUACAAGCUCGACCUCCUGGCGUCAGUCAUUGAUUACACGCCCUUUGUCUCGGACUACACGUACCGCCCGACGUUUGCCAAGAAGGUGUUUAGCGGCCACGAAGCCAAGCGAUUCAUCGUCAUUCAAGCGACGGAAGCGCCGACCCGCGAGGACUCGGGUCGACUGGUCGAGCAGGUCUUUAUUCACAUCUCAUCGCGUCUCAACAACUUUGUCUUUUGGUUCGGCAUACUCAAGCAGCACUUCCUGACCGUGCUCUAUCCGACCGUCUGCAAGAAGGUCGGCCUGCUGGCGGCGUCGGACGCCACCGGCUUUGGCAGUCACUGCCCACACGAGCUUCAGGUCAUCGUCAUCAACUACUUUGCCAGUUGGUUCGCCUCCAACACAUCGAUUCGCGAGUAUCUCUUGCUAAACAACUUCAACAAUGUCAAUGGUGGAGCGAGCUCAAUGUCGAGAUCACCCAGUGCAGAUGGUAUUGUGUCAUCAGCUGCUGGCGGAAGUACUGCCACAUCGCCACAACUGACAUCUGGCGGUGGCGGUGGCGGUGGUGGCGGCUCACAAUUCACAACCUCAACACCUGGCACUGGCAAGGUUGCAAUCCUCCUCGAGAUCUACAGGCAAAGCUGUCGACUGCCUCUCAAGUAUUCCGAGACCAUCAAGAAGUCAAUCUUCACAUUCCAUACCUUGUUCUUGUCCUUGCUUUAUAGUGUAGAGAUGGAGAAUACGUUUGGAGAUGAGUACUAUACGCUCCAGACGUUCGUACUUAAUGAGAUGAUGAGUGUAUUUGAAACAGAUGCGACUGGAUAUGAGAAGGAACGCGAUGCCCUGGGCAUGUUCAUCAUUGGCGUCUACAAACAGAUGAUCGAUAUUUAUCCCCAGCUGCGACCACAGACACGUGAGAUACUACUCACCAGUCUAUUGCUGGCCACGACCACCCUUCUUCGCCGGUCCAACACCAACCGACCCAGCUUGUCGCUGGAGCAGGCGAUGCUCUCCACCACACUCUUUGCCUGGAUCAAGUCCAAGGAGGACCGUGCUGCUAUGUGGGCACAAUGCAACGUCCACUUUGAGGAGCUAUACUUCCGUACUGAGGUCGUCAAGCAGAUCAAAUCAAAGAUGCUGCAGGUGACCAUGAUCCUCAAGGAGUUUGUCUAUCCGACCAGCGAGCGCAAGCAGAAGCGAUUGGAGCGUGAUCGCAAGGAGCGAGGUGGACCUCGCUCGCCAGACUCACAGGAGCCACUUCCUGACAUCCUUGUCGACCAGAGCAUCGUGCAAAUUGGCUGGGACCAAGAGACAUGCUACAGGACAUGGAUCAACUUGCUGGCACUACUCAACAAUGUACAUAAUAUCAAGGAUGCACAGAUACACGAACUCUCCACAAGCGUGCUAACCGACAUUGUCGACAUCUUCCUGUGCGCCGAGGAGGAGACCGAUUUCUCCACCUCCCAAAUCGAUGGGUGGCGUCCUGUGCCCCUAUUCGACAUUGUCGGCGCUCGUCUAUUUGACUGCUACAACCUGGACAGCAAGUUCACUCGCAGCAAGGUUCUGGCUUUGCGCAGUCUUUGUCGCAUGGUGUGUCGUCAUCAUCCACAAUAUCCAACCGAGAUACUGGUCGGCUUCUACGACAUGGUGAACAAGGUGUUUGUGUCACCCAUCGUCCAAGUCGAACUGGCCAAUGCCAUCCUCCUUCACAGCAGCAACAUCUUCAAUUUGGCAAUGCCAGGAGCCAACUCACUCAUCUUCCCUUAUCUCAAGUAUAUCAAGACAAUGUACUCCUCAUUCAAAUCACAAGAUCAACCACCACCCGUGGAGGUACGCAAGAGGUCCUUGAUCAUCUUGGGCUCAUUGGUGUUCUAUCCCAACCAUACACCAACAUUGGUAUUCGAAGGAUACAAGGAUGAGACUGGCAAGUCCAUCACCAAGGAUAUGACCAUGAAGGAUCUCAAGAGAGAGUUGAUUGACUUGUUGAUCAUCGCCUUGAAGAAUGAGAGAGCUGCGGAGAAUAGAAUGAUGUGCUUGUGGACAUUAUCAACAUUGGUGAUGGAGGAGUUUAAUAGCCAGGAUGUAUCACAGGAAUGGGUCAACGAGAUGAUUGAGGUGAUCAAUGUGUAUACUUUAUAUCAUGACCAGGCGAUUUCCAAGGCGGCACUGGACUCUCUGGCAGCGAUCAAUGUGGUCUUCCCCAGACUGACCAGAUGCACCAUCAACCUCAUACUCAGCUCGUUGGUCAACUCCAUCCUGAAGGGUAUGCAGGAGCUGGAAGCUGGGAAUACGGCAGCAGGCAUCACUGAGCAGACUAUCGCCAACCACUUCUACUGUCUUCUCGAUUGGGUCUGCGUGGACGAUUGUAUCUUUGACGAUGACCUCUUCAAAGACUUCAGAUCAAAUAUGUUCCAGGCAAUCGAGUCGGCUCUUGGACAGCGUGGUGAGGCAUGGUCCACAGCACUGGAGCGCACUGAAGACGUAUACAAGGUCCUAGCGAGGACUCUUACCAAGAAGAUGACCGCACCAAAGACUCACAGCAAAGGAAAGAGUGUGGACCUUUCACUUGAGGAGGAUGCACUGGAGACCCUGGCUCUUGCAUCGCCAAACAAGACACUGCUCGUCCAGGAGGCCGCCGAGACCCUUCUCACUCACUGCUUUAACUUUGUACACAACUUCCCGUCCAGCAAACAAGGUCCGCAGAUCACCACCUCCCUGAUUGACGAAUAUGAUGAUCUCCAGUGCUCUCCGAUCGAGGAGGAGACUCCACUGUUCUGCGUACUCCACGAGAAUGCCCUCAUAUCGGUCGUUGAGAUCCCCAAGCCAGCGCCUGAACAAGGCACUCUGGCACGACUUUUCAUCCGUGAUGCCACUGGAAAGUAUGUCUGGGACUUUGACAACCUUUAUGAUCCCCUCGGCAUGGGCUCAGCAAACUCCACACACAAUGAUCGAUCGCCUCUCUCCCUGAUCAAGAUGUUCAUUGAUCAACGACAGUCUGGCGGUGCUGACCUAGCCCUGGCUCCAGUGGUCAUUGACAACCUGACCUACUCAUACAAUAAUGUCGUCUCACUCAACAAGACAAAGCCUGAAGCAAAGGUCGAUGGCAUACUGAGCAACCUACUUCAGUCACUAUCCAGCCAACCUGACUGUAUGCCGGAAGGCGUCACCCAUCUCAAUCAACCUCUGGUAUCGCUCCGCCCCAAUCUGGUGCAGGAGUUCACCAACAUCCAGAACGAGAUCGAGUCAUUCAUCAAGCAAGAGCAGGACUAUGUCGAAAAGGCAUACCAACUCUCUCCUUUCAAUGACACGUGGGACCUGCCAACACCAUCAAAACCACCUCAGGUCAUCUCUCAAUCACGUCGUCUUCUAAUGUCCUAUCUUGGCUUCCUGGACAUAUCCAACGCGUCCUACUUCAAACAGCUUGAGUCAACACAGAAGUUGAGCAGGGCUCUGCAACAGCUGGACAUCACGCCAUCCCGAGACAUCUUAAAGAUUGGCGUGAUCUAUGUGGGCGAAGGCCAGGAAGAACAGCGCGAGAUCCUGCACAACUACGCGUCAUCCAGCCUCUACGAUGACUUUGUCAACGGACUUGGCUGGCAGGUCGACCUGUCCACACAUUUUGGCUACAUGGGCGGACUGGACCGCAAGAAGACCACCGGCAAUACGGCACCCUACUAUGCCAACACAACAAUGGAGACGAUCUUCCAUAACAUCUCUUCGAUGCCAACCAACACAUCUGAGCCGCAACAGAUACACAAGAAGAGGCAUGUUGGCAACGACAUUGUAAACAUCAUAUGGUCAGAGCACAUCAGAGACUAUGCGCCAACAACAGUGACGAGUCAGUUUAACGACGCUCACAUCAUCGUCUAUCCUCUGCCAAACGGCUUAUAUCGAAUCCAGAUCUACAGGAAGGAGGGAAAGGUGCCAAUGUUUGGUCCGCUCAUCCAUGGCAUGGCGGUGAGCAAGCAGAUGCUCUCCACGUUGGUUCGCCAGACGGCGGUCAAUGCUUAUCGAUACAUUAGAAACAGCACACCCAACUAUUCGCGACCAUACGCACUGCGCAAGAUGCGAAUCAAUGAGAUUGUCGAGCGGUACAGGUCCGAGAAGAACUAUGUCGACUUUGUGCACUCGAUCGUCUCUGGCUACAAUCAAUCGGCAGCAGUGGCAGCGGCCACUUCGCCAUCAAUGUCGCCAUCUGUAUCCAACCACGGUGUUGGCGGCGGAGGCGGUCAAGAAAAGACAGUUGCAUUCGAUCAUAACUUGUAUUAA